UUAUGCGCUUUUCUUCUCUCUCUGUUUUUGCAGCAUCACGAUGUCCCUGCCGGGACUGCCCCCACUGCCCAAGAGUCUCAGCGGAUUUGAUCUGGCCGGUCAGCAGCUCCAGUCGCACCAGCAGCACCACCACCAAAACCAUCACCAUCAUCAGCAGCACCAUCCCCCGCAACAUCAACCUCCAGCACCCCCUCCACAAUACCAACAACAUCAGCAACACCAACAGCAGCAUCUCCAGCCUCCCCAGCAACAACACCAACAGCAGCAGCAACAACCUCACCCACAGCAGCAGCCCCUCCCUCCCUCUCUGAACCACCACCCGACGAAUCCGUUCAUCCCGAUCGGGGUCAACCUGCAGAGUGUCAGCAUGGCAUCGCUAGUGUCCCAGAGGGGCCAAUCGCCCGUCAGCAGUACCGUCAGCAGCAGCAGCAUGGCGGCAACCCCAAACAGUGGCAGUGGCAGCGGAGGAGGAGGAGGUGGGGGCAUCAGCGGUGGCAGUCAACAGGGAGCCGGCAGUGCCGUCCGGAAGCCAACCACACUCGACACCCAGCUGGCGAUCUUGCGGAGAGAAAUGUACGGUUUGCGGCAGCUGGAUCUGUCGCUGCUGUCGCAGCUGUGGGCCCUGAACGAGUCCAUCCAGGAGUUCCGGACGAUGCUGCAGGAGCAGGAAACGCUUUCGCCCCCCUCGCCCACGCCGUCCAACUCGGACGCCAACUCGGUCUCGUCGGACGACGACGAGGACGACUCGUCCAACACGCAGACGGUGGGCGCCGGUGCCAUCCUGACCAACCACCACCACAACCUGAUCGAGUCGGUGGCCGCGGCGUCGGUGCUCAGUUCGGCGGCGGCGCAAACGGCCAGCAGCAGGAUGCGGGCACCUCCGCCGCCGCCACCCAACCGGAAAGCCCCGUCGAGGCCCGUAUGAGAUAUUAGGUUAGUGUAGAUGACACACCCCCUUACAAAACAAAAACAAAAAACUCUCUCACUUUUAAAAAUGCUAGCCAAUACUACGUCUACAAAAAAUCAAUUGAUAAACUCUCUUUUUGGAAUGAUUCCGACGACGGGAUCCAAAACCAUAAGUUGAACACAAACACGUGAAAGUCAAAAGUCAAUAGAACAAGACACAAAUUAGUUGUUGUGAGUAUUCGGAUUCGGAAAAGGUGCCGAAUCCAAUCAUCUCCCUGAAAAAAAAACUUAAGAAGGUAUUUGCUUCUCCCCCGCAUCUUGUUCUUGUGUACAUAUUAAUUAAAACGUAAUUCUUAAAGUAUGUGACAAGCCGUAAUUCAUGAUAAAAAAAAACAUGCAAACUUUGUUCCAAAAUUGCGAAGCCGCACGAAAUGUGAAGUUAAGUAAAAUAAAAAUACGUGAAACAAUA